CUUGGUAGCUGGGGACACCAUAGACACGAUGCAAGUUCCACCUGGACGAGGUCAUGGCCGCGCUGCCUCGGGCGAUGAGCGACGACGAACCGCCCUGACGCGCCGUACGACAAAGGGUCCACUCGACGCCGAUGACAUCGUUAUAGACGACCCUCUCGCAGAAAGUACCGCCACCCUACCUGCGCGCGUUCGGUCGCCAGCACGGCCUCAAGCUUCCCCGCAGCCGUCGCACGAGGGCCCAACCCGCGGCAUCGACGACAUUCCCCAUAAAGACUUCAGCUUCCUCCAAGACCCGCAGGCGUAUCACGUCCUACCAGUCACCAAUGUCCCGCCCCCGUUUCUCAAUGCGCCGCAUGCCCCGCCAAUAUCCUCGCCCAUAGACACGCUCCUCUUGUCAGGACACUACCGUCUCGCCGCCAUUGCCGCAGCGCGAAACCUCAUCUCCGCUGCGCCAGGCGACCACGAUACACUCCUCCACCUCAUCCACGUGCGCCUAGCAUGUCUCUGCCUACUCCAAGAACACGCCCUUGCGGCGCAGGAAUCCAAAGUUUUAGGUGACCUCAACAGCGCCUUCUACCUCCACCCCCUCACAAACGCCCAUCUUGUACCCUGGGAUCUACGCCUCCUCGUCGUACGACUAGCAGCAUUGGGAUACGGAGAGUGGAGGAAGGGUAUAAUGGGGUACUACGAACUCGCACGCGAAUGCAGGGAGAGUAUUCUCAAGGCAGGGUCAGACGAGGAUAAAGCGGUUUGGCGGUCGCGACUCCGAGACUGCGGUAUUCGUGUUGCGAAUGUGCUUGUAGAAAUGGGCGAUUUCGAAGGCGCGGGAAGACAUCUGGCAACCCUUGCUGCAGAAGGCGAUCAGACUAGGGAGAUAUCUCUGAUGGAAACACUCGUUUGGCUCAGAGUCGGGGACAUGGCAUCAGCACGACGCUGUCUCGCUCGUGCAUCUUCCGCCUCAUCAGACGCUCUCGUAGACGGCACGUUGAACGCGCUCAUCCAGCUCGCUGACUCAGACUACGCUGCAGCCGCCGAAUCUUUCCAAGCUCUGCACGAAGAAUUCCCCGAAGAUGGGAUGAUAGCGCAGAAUCUGGCCGUGUGUUUGCUAUACAUAGGACGUAUAUCGGAUGCUAGAGACAUACUUAGUCAGCUGGUAGACGAUAGUUCGCCGUUCCACUCACUCGUGCUGAAUCUGAGCACGGUGUAUGAGUUGUGUACGGAAAGAAAUAGGGAGAAGAAAUUGGGGCUGGCGGAUAGAUUGGCUGGGAGGAGGGAUGGUGGUGGAGUGGGGUGGGAGCGUAGUAAUGCUGAGUUCAAGCUGUAGAAAUAAGAGAUUCAAGAUAAUGAAAGAGGU